AUGAUCGCAUACUUAUUACAUUAGAGCGUGCAGAGGAUUGAUGUCAUGGCAGAACGAGUGAGAAUACUGAGUGGAGGCUUAUCAACUGAGCUAGAGGCUGCUGGAUUCAUCAUCCAGGGAGAUCCUCUCUGGAGUGCAAGACUUCUUCAUACCUACCCCCAAGCAAUUAAGGAUGCUCAUACAAGUUUCCUGAAGAGCGGUUCUGAAGUCUUGAGUACAGCCACCUACCAGGCUAGUAUUGAAGGAUUUGUACAGCAUUUAGGUGUGACUGUAGAUGGAGCAGCCGAGCUUUUCAACGUGGCAGUAUCCCUUGCUAGAGAAGCUGCAGAAGAAUUCAACACACAGUCCUCAGAAAAAAGAAAUAUUUUAAUUGCUGGAUCUAUAGGCCCUUAUGGAGCAUUUCUUCAUGAUGGCUCUGAGUAUACGGGAACUUAUGUCAGAGACAUGAGUAUUGAGGAGUUAAAGAACUGGCAUCGGGUGCAAAUGCAGUGCCUGGCAUCUGCCGGAGUUGAUCUGUUUGCUAUGGAGACUAUUCCUAGUCAAAAGGAGGCAGAAGCCUUGGUACAGGUUCUCAGGGAGUUCCCAAAUUCUAAAGCCUGGUUGUCCUAUUCAUGUCAGGACAUAUCGUCUACCAGUUAUGGAGAUAAGUUUGAAGAAGCAGUAAAAGUUUCAGCAGCAACACCCCAGCUGGUGGCCGUUGGAGUGAAUUGCUGUUCCCCUGAUUUUAUUAGUCCUCUUUUAUCUUCAGCCAACAAAAACUGCAACAAUCUACAGAUGGACUGGAUUGUUUACCCUAACAGUGGAGAGAAAUGGGAUCAUAACCUGGGCUGGCGAAGUUCUAGUAUUGAAAAGCCUUUAUCUGAACAUGCUCUUGAAUGGUUCCAGUUAGGAGCUAGAUGGAUUGGAGGCUGCUGCCAAAGCACUCCAGCUGAGAUUGAAAGUCUCCGAAAAAUUUUGGAGACCAGAGUUCCAACCAUGCAGUGA